AAGGGCUUGGCACUUUACAGACAUGAGAAAAUUGAAGGGGGAAAACAUCAUGUAGCGGCAUGGGAAUAAGAGUUUCAAACUGAAGGGCAAAAAUGUUGCUCAGAUUUACUGAUUUCGGCUGCAUACAUCAGUUGACACUUUUUAUCUGUUGCCCAAGCUUAGGUACUGAAAAGCGGAGUAGCGUGCUUAGCGUGCUUCUCUCUCUUGGAGAAACCAAAUCCUUGGAACAUUUCUCUCUUUUGAUAAUAAUGUCUUUGUUCUUUUUGUAUAACCCAACGCAGAUGCCUUGUAGGUGUUAUAGAGGGAAAGUAUUGAAAUGUUUGGGUCCCUAUUUGGGGUACUGCAAUUAUAUCGCAAAGCAAUGAACUAAUGGUGUGCAGUAUAAUUCAAAUUAAGAAU